AUGGCAUCCUCCACCGCCCCACCGGCAUCCGCCGACGACGCCCCCCCGCCUCCCCCCGAAGACCUCACCCGCUACCUCCGCCAAUCCCACGACCGCCUCUUCGCCAACAACCGCGCCUGGGCCGCCGACAAGCAGCAGCGCGACCCGGGCUACUUCGCCCGCCUGUCGGCCGGCCAGUCGCCCGAGUAUCUGUGGAUCGGCUGCAGCGACUCGCGCAUCCCCGCCGAGCAAAUCACCGGCCUCGAGCCCGGCGAGGCCUUUAUCCACCGCAACAUCGCCAACCUCGUCUGCAACACCGACCUGAACGUUAUGAGCGUCAUCAACUACGCCGUGCGACACCUCGGCGUCAAGCACAUCGUCGUCUGCGGCCAUUACGGCUGCGGCGGCGUAAAGGCCGCCAUGACCCCCAAGGAUCUCGGCUUGCUGAACCCCUGGCUUCGCAAUAUUCGUGACGUCUAUCGCCUGCAUGAGCUCGAGCUCGAUGCCAUCCACGACGACGCCCGUCGCUAUGAUCGCCUCGUCGAGCUCAACGUCGAGGAGCAGUGCCGCAACAUUGUCAAGACGGCCGCCGUCCAGCAGUCGUACGCCCGCAACCAGUACCCCGUCGUCCACGGCUGGGUCUUUGGCUUCCACGACGGCCUGCUCAAGGACCUCAAGAUUGACUUCAAGUCGAUGCUGUGCAACGUCCAGAAGAUUUACAACCUCGCCGACUGA